ACCAUGAUUAAAUAAUAAUAAAUUGUGCUAUGCAGAGCAUAAAGUUGUGCAUAAUUAACUUCUUAAUGGUAUAUGUCCCGGGCUGCACGGUGGGUAGCAAUGUUGCCUUGUAGCAAGAAGGUUCUGAGUUCGGUUCCUGGCCCGUGGUCUUCCUGCAUGAAGUUUGCAUAUUCUCCCUCUGCAUGCAUGGUUGCUCUCUGGGUACUCUGGCUUCCUCCCAUAGUUCAAAAACCUGACUGUUAGGUUAACUGGCUUCUGUAAAUUCUCCUUUGUUGUGAGUGUGUCUGUGCAUGGUUGUGUGUCUCUAUGUUGCCCUGCGACAGACUGAAGACCUGUCUAGGGUGUACCCCACCUCUGGCCCAUAGACUGCUGGAGAUUGGCACCGGCCCCACAUCAACGUUGACAAGGACUAAGUGGAAGAAUAUGGAUGAUGGAUGAAAGCGUUUCGGCUGUUGAGCAAAAGAUAACUGCCGCCUUUAAAGUGUUUGACUACGAUUCCAGCAACAAGGUGGACGUCCGGGAGAUUGGCACCAUUAUUUAUUCUCUGGGCUGCUGCCCCACUCAAGCAGACAUUCAUAAAUUCAUAGCUGAGGUGGAAGAGGAGCACUCAGGGGUUGUUUUUCUAGAAAAGUUUCUUCCAGCUAUGACCAAAGUCCUGUUGGAGAACAAGUUUCCUCCCAUUCCCAAGAGCACGAUUCUUCAGGCUUUUAAGGUUCUGGACAAAGACCAGAAAGGCUACCUUAAACCUGAAGAGUUGAAAAAGCUUUUGAUGGAAGAAGGUGAACCUUUCACUCAACAAGAGAUAGAAGAAAUGCUUGCACACACUGAUCGAGAGGAUAACCUUAUAUAUUACCCCAAAUUAAUUAAUAAACUCACUUCUGACCUCACGCAAUAGGAGAAGUAUUUUAGCAAAUGUAGAGUCGGCAGUUUGGGUUUAAAAAUAGCAAGGCUUCUUGAAACCUGAGUAGUUCAUUGUUAUGUGAGCUUGUAUUAAAGUGAAAAUGUUUCCUCACACUCUACUUAAAACAUAUACUGUAUAAAGGAAAUGCUAAACAAAUAAAAGUUUAAUGUUUUAAAUUGUCUCAAGCAUCUUAAUGCUACGUUCAGACCGCACGCGAUUGAAGCAGCAGCAGCAGCUGGUUUCCAUGCAAAGUCGAUGGUUGACACGCAUCUCGACGCAUCUGAGAAGCAGCAGCUUCUGAGCAUCUGAGGCGCGUAUAUGCUUCACAAGUGGCAGUUACUGGACUUGGAAAAACGUAACCUUUGCUGCUCGACGCACCACAUCAGUUAAUCAGAGAAGCUGAUCUGGGAGCUGGCAGGGAGACAGAUCCAGCACUGCUGAUGCAGAUCACUAUGAUCACUCCUAUGGAACAGUUUAUUAAUGCCUAAAUGAACUCAAAAUGUCAAAACCUGUCAGCAAAAUGUGUUUGCUUAAGGGGAACCGCUAGAAGGCAUACAGUAUACUAAAUUUGAAAUGAGUUUAUUUAGUCUUAGAAAUCAAAUUUGUAUCAUUUUCAUUAGCAGUGAUGCCAUUUUUUGAUUUUAAGCAAUUAGAUCUUGAUAUAUAUUGUUUCUUUUGUGUGUGUGUGUGUAAGUACAGUGAAACAGGCAUUUUUACAGCAAUGUUUCAUGCUAGACUAUGGUCAAGAAAUGAUUCAGAUUAUGUACGGUGGUGCAGCAUUCCAGCUGUCUCUGUUAAAAUAAGGAUAAGAUGAAAGCAAUUUUCCAUGUGCUGCUUUAUGCUAUGAUCAAGAAGCCUUUGAACAACUAGAGUUCAGGGUUAUACCCAGAAUUAAACUUUGAU